AUGCUUAGGAAGAGUCUGGUGGGCACUUUCCGUGGUACAACACGGUGUCUUGCAAAUCUCCAUGCGAGCGAAAUAUCAACACCAGAUCGAGCUACAGUUAAUUCAAAGAACAAGAAGGAGCUCAAAUCACCACUUUGUGUUGAGUUGAUAAGUAAAAUGUCUUCCCAGGGAUACUUUCCCAUGUCACAGUUUGUCAAGGAAUGUCUGACGCACCCACAACACGGAUAUUACUCUGCCAAGAAGCACGUUAUUGGUAGUGAAAAGGCAGAUUUUAUCACCGCAGCGGAAAUACCCUUCUUUGGUGAUGUUAUUUCCGCUUGGAUUAUGGACGCAUGGCAGAAAAUGGGGACACCACGUGUUCUUCACCUGGUUGAGCUUGGUCCGGGUAAGGGAACACUUAUGAAAACCAUGUUGAAGCAGAUAAAAUACUCCAAUCCUCAUUUACUUCAUUUUUUGCAGAUUCACCUUGUUGAGGUUGGAGCAGCUCGCAUGGAAGAGCAGAAGAAUUCACUUGCCGAGUUUCAAACCGCACAAAAACGGAUAAAAUGGUGGAUGAAUCUGGAGUCAAUUCCGUAUACAUUGGAGCCAACUAUAUUCAUAGCCAAUGAGUACUUUGACGCCCUUCCAGUCGCCCAAUUUCGCUACACGGAGCGGGGAUGGGUAGAGACAUGUCUAGAGGUUGAUGAAGAUCCCGCGAAUGAAGCACAUUUUCAUAUGGUACACGCCCCCUCUGGUUCGUUCUCAGCCUAUCUUAUACCUAAUGAUGUACGCACUAACGGGAAACUCGGUGACUGUAUUGAAGUUAACGCAGUUGGUAUGCAAACUAUGGAAUUGAUUAUGAAAAAAAUGGUUGAAUGCCAAAAAGCAGCGUUUCUUAUCAUCGAUUACGGGAAAGAUGAGCAUAUGCACAGUACAUUAAGAGGAAUACGUGGACAUAAGUUUGUGGAUCCUUUGCUUUCACCUGGUGAGGUCGACCUUUCGUCAUGGGUUAGCUUCAAGCAGUUACGAUGGGCAUUGGAACGCUUGGAAACAGCUAGACAACACUUAAAAUGGUUUCCUUUAAUGACUCAACGCGAGUUUCUUCAGUGGGGUGGAAUUGAUAUAAGACUUGCGCAUGUCAUUAAGGACGAAGAGACGAAGAGCGCCAUGAAAAUAUUACAAAACUAUCGAAGACUUAUGGACAAGGAAGAAAUGGGUGAAAGUUACAAAGUGUUUGUUGCACAGACGAGAAAUUUUCCGAACGUCUCACCAUUUUUCGAGGAGAUGCCUUUGCCUCCGUUGACGACCGGGAGUUAG